AUGGAUCCAAACAACAAUCCAAACGAUCAUAUCAACCUUGAUCUGUCCUUGGGGACUGGUCCUCAAGGAAAAGAUCCAGUCGAGCAACAUGGCACGUUCAUGCAACUCUUGAGGUCAGUGAAUGAUCCUACACAAAAUUUACAGACUUCUCCUCCUCCACAUCAUCAUGUACCUCCUAGAUACUACAACCACACAUACCCUCAGAAUGUCUCUGUCUCCGAUCUGGCCGCUGUUCCAUCUCCACCACUGGGGGUGGCUCUUCCACCGUCUCCAUCCCCAUAUCUAGGAGGGCAACUCCUUCAGCCAGGAGUUGGGGCCUUGGAGACUCCCCGGCCAGGAACUAGGUUAGGUCGUCCACCCAGUGGGCAUCAUGCACGUCGCAAUUCAUCAAAAGCAAGUGGCACGGUUGAAAAGAAACUUGAUGACAAGGAGAUCGUACCACCGUAUCCAUGGGCGACCACAAGGCCAGCCCGAAUUCAGAACCUUAGAUAUUUGUAUUGCAAUCAUAUAAACUUGAUCUUUGGACAAGUCCAUUGCAAGCCUUGCGAGAGUACUCAAACCAUACAGUAUAAUCUCCGGGAGAAGUUUGGGGAAUUGUACCGUUACAUUAACGACAACAAGGAGGUGAUGCGUCAACGAGCCCAGAAAGUUUGGUCGAGUCCUAAACUGACUCCAUGCGGCUCAUGCAAGAACGGGAUGAAGCCGGUGAUUGGCGAGAAUAAGGAAGAAAUCAACUGGUUGUUUCUUUUGUUGGGGCAAAUGUUGGGAUGUUGUACUCUGGAUCAGCUCAGGUACUUUUGUGAUAAAACGAGUCAACACAGAACCGGUGCAAAGGAUCGUGUACUCUACAUAACUUACAUUGGUCUAUGCAAGCAGCUCGAGCCAUGCGAGUUAUUUAACCUAUGACUCUUAUCGGAAUCUGGCAGGGCUGAUCAGUAGCGUUUGAGGUUUGUUUUGUUUUUUCAUAGUGCGUC